GAGACUCAUCGAUUUGCCUCGGCGCAGUUCUCCUAUCUACAAUUUAGGGGCCAAGGUUUGCGCAGCUUUCUUCUUUUCAAAAUACAAAUGAUCGGAUAAUGAAACAUAAACUCAUUGGUGUACACACUCCUCUCACUUUUAAACUUCGGCGGACUGAAAAUGGAUCCUCAUCUGUAUGCCACAACCCGAAUACAGUGGAUAGUUUGUUCAACCUCAGCGCCAAGGUUGUAGCUGGACACCUUCCUUUCGAAUAUGUGGAGAAAAUGCUUGUUCAUGUCCCCGAACCAGUUCAAGAAAAGAUCAUUUUUUAUUCUUUUCCGCAACGCGACAGCGAUAUAUAUACCUACGCAUCUUACCACCCGAAGGCCGAUAAAAGUCGAGACAAAAUACCUUACUACGAAGGUUUGGACCUGUUCCAGCACAACUGCGUAGAGGAUGUUAUUCAGAUAGGAUUUCAUCUUACUGGUUCCGUCAAGCAACAUCAUGGUUCUAUGCAGCCGGACGUCGAUCGGAGGAAAUACGAGGUCUCUAUUACUUUUGACAGGUGUAAAAUUAUAUCCGUUUGUUGUGAUUGCGGAAACAAAGGUCUUUCAUGGUGCCCUCAUGUAGUGGCGCUCGCUCUAUUCAGAAUCCGUCAGCCGCAUCUUGUAGAUUACAGAUCUCCUAUUUCCGACGCUCUCGUUCGAAUGGACCGGAGUCAGUUACAGAAAUUCGCCCAGUAUUUGAUUGCUUCGCACCCAAAUAAAGUUUUACCAAGUGCUCAACUAUUGGCCGAUCAGUUGCUUCAACCUGAAUCCAAUAUCAACCAAACAUCCGCAUGUUGGUAUUGCAAUUACUUCAUUCGUUCGCUAUGCCUAUGAGGACCGUCGGCAUCGAUACCCGGACGGUGAUCAAAUUCCUUG